UUAAACACAUAAUCUGUAUAAAAGUUUUUCUCCCAACAUUAUACAGCAAAAUACGAGAAAAAUGGCAACCGCCAUGGAUAAUGUGAGAGAAAAAGCCCUUCAAGAUUAUAGAAAAAAGCUUUUGGAGCAUAAAGAAGUUGAAUCUCGAUUAAAAGAGAUGCGCGAGCAUUUAAAAGAUCUCACAAAGCAGUAUGACAAAUCAGAAAACGAUCUCAAAGCACUCCAAAGUGUUGGCCAGAUUGUGGGAGAAGUAUUGAAGCAACUGACUGAAGAAAAAUUUAUCGUCAAAGCUACAAAUGGUCCUCGAUAUGUUGUUGGCUGCAGGCGACAAUUAGAUAAAAAUAAAUUGAAAUCUGGAACAAGAGUAGCCCUUGACAUGACUACUCUUACGAUUAUGCGUUAUUUGCCACGAGAAGUUGAUCCGUUGGUUUACAACAUGUCCCAUGAAGAUCCUGGUGAUGUCACAUACUCAGCUAUUGGAGGUUUGAGUGAACAAAUUCGAGAGUUAAGAGAAGUAAUCGAAUUGCCUUUAUUGAAUCCUGAGCUCUUCCAGAGAGUAGGAAUUACUCCACCUAAAGGAUGUCUGUUGUAUGGACCUCCUGGAACUGGAAAAACACUUUUAGCUCGAGCAGUAGCUAGUCAACUGGAUGCUAAUUUCCUUAAAGUUGUUUCUAGUGCAAUUGUUGACAAAUAUAUUGGUGAAUCUGCUCGAUUAAUUCGAGAAAUGUUUAACUAUGCUCGUGAUCAUCAACCUUGUAUUAUAUUUAUGGAUGAAAUUGAUGCCAUUGGUGGAAGAAGAUUUUCAGAAGGUACUAGUGCUGAUCGUGAGAUUCAAAGAACAUUGAUGGAAUUAUUAAAUCAAAUGGAUGGUUUUGAUUCUUUGGGUCAAGUAAAAAUGAUCAUGGCAACAAAUAGACCAGAUACUCUUGAUCCUGCACUCUUAAGACCUGGUAGAUUAGAUAGAAAGAUUGAAAUUCCUUUACCAAAUGAACAGGCUCGUUUAGAGAUCUUGAAAAUUCAUGCACAGCCUAUUGCUAAAUUUGGUGAUAUUGAUUAUGAAGCUGUAGUUAAAUUAUCCGAUGGAUUUAACGGAGCAGAUUUGAGAAAUGUCUGCACAGAAGCAGGAUUAUUUGCAAUUCGUUUGGAACGCGAGUAUGUAAUUCAAGAAGAUUUUAUGAAAGCUGUCCGAAAAGUGUCUGAUAAUAAGAAACUUGAGUCUAAAUUGGAUUAUAAACCAGUUUAAGAAUUUUUAUAGCUAAAAUAUUUGUUUGCCAAUCAUUCUAUUUUUUGUUUACACACUAUACUAAGAGUUAAAAAAAAGUAUAAGCAUCAAAGAGAAUGAAUGAAUUCUCAGAAUACUUUUAACAUUUGUAUUUAACUAAUAAUUAAAAGAAAAAUCAAUUAUAUACAAUUAAUACAAAAAAUUAUUCCAUUAAA